AAGCCCUAACCCUCUAACGCCGGAGGAGCCCGAGUUCCUUCCUAUCUCUUCUGUUCUCCCUUUCUAGAAUCUUCUAAACCUUCUUUUAUUUCCACACAACUCACUCAACUCACUGAGUAGCGGGAACGAGUCAUGGAAUCCAAACCGUGUCAUACUAUAAAGCUCCUCUGUAGCUACGGCGGCAAGAUCCUUCCCCGUGCCACCGACGGCGAACUCCGCUACGUCGGCGGCCACACAAGAGUUCUCACCGUCGAUCGUUCCAUUUCGUUUUCAGAAUUGAUGGUGAAGCUUGGAGAGUUGUGUGGUUCGUCUGUGACAUUGAGGUGUCAAUUGCCCAAGGGAGACUUGGAGACCUUGAUCUCCGUCACCAACGACGAAGAUUUGGCGAACAUAAUCGAGGAAUACGAUCGUGCCUCAUUGAAAUUGGCUCAUCCGUUGAAGAUCAGAGCCGUUCUUUCGCCGCCGAAGUCUCUUAACAAAAUUUCUUCUGCUACAUCGUCGUCUUCGUCCAGCGCCAGUCACUCUCCGUCCAGAUCGCCUCACACUUCAGCUGAAUCAUUGCCGUACGCCGCGGCGUAUCGCCUCGUCCGUCGCAAUAGAACGCCGCCGGCAACAAUUGCAUGUCCGAUCGGCGUCCGUAACGGCUCGGCGAAAACUUGUUGCUACACAGGCCAGUUCGACGGAAGCCCUAGGUUCCUGUAUUAUGGACCUCACUGCAAUAAUUACUGUCACUGAGGAGAACAAAUAAAAUAUACACAGUAAAUAUAAGGAACAAAAAAACGCGAAUACGAAGCCGAUUCAGUAUAUGAUGACGAAAAAUAUGAAAGGACACAAAAAAAAAAUAAAAAGUAGAGAGAUAAGUGGAUUAUGAAAUACGAUGGUUCUUUAAUUUUGAUGAAUUUUAGAUGUGGUUGAGUUGAGGUUCUAAUUUUGAAUUGAGCCUGAUUUUCUUGUUGGACAUGGUGGUUGCCUUUGCCUGGGACUCUCUUUUUUAACAGUUAGGGUUCCGUUAACCGUCGUACGAGAUGUCGACAUAAUUUCCGUGACGUGUCCUAUGCGUGCCGCUUUUGGUGGGUUUGAUUCCGUUAACUCAAGUCAGACGUCGUUUCUUGUGUUAACUGUGGACUUGCGUUCGUCACUUGAUUAUAUGAUUAUUGGGUUGGUCAAUAAAAGGGGACCGAGACAUUAUUUUGGAAUUGGUGGAGUAGGGAUUCUCUGAAGCCAGAGAGAAGAAAAAAACCCUCUUAUCAUUUUUUUUUUAAAUUAAAAAAUUAAAAAUAUAAAAAAGAUAAAGAUAAAUCAUUUAUGACAGUGCAGGAAACCGGAUCCCAUUUUAUAGUAAUGUGUGGCUUGUGGGACUCGGGGAAGAGGACAAAACGUCUGAACCUUCGUGAUAUUGGGCUACAGGUUAAGUGGAUUAAGGAAAUUGAAUAUAUUAUGGAAGACACGUGGCAUGAAUGAUUGAAUGUGGAGACCAGCUCAGAAG